GCCCGCUCCCUGCUGCCUGGGUUGGGGCCCUGCCACCGCUGCUUCCUCCCCCGCAGCCGCUCGCCCGGCCGCUGCCCUGACGUCGUUUCCUUCCAACAUGGCGGGGGCAGGUUGUCUCCGCUGCCGCUAAUGGAGGCUGGUGCGGGCGGGCGGCGCCGGCACUGAGCGGUCGCGGCUCCAGCACAGCGCAGCUUAGCGCCCCCAGCCCCGGCUGCCGCCGCCGGCCCCCGCGGGCGGUCCCCGCGCUGCGCCCAUGUAUGAGGGGAAGAAGACGAAGAACAUGUUCCUGACGCGGGCGCUGGAGAAGAUCCUAGCCGACAAGGAGGUGAAGAAGGCGCAUCACUCCCAGCUGCGCAAGGCCUGCGAGGUGGCCCUCGAGGAAAUAAAAGAUGAAACAGAAAAGCAAAGUCCCCCUCAUGGAGAAGCAAAGCCUGGAUCAAGCACUCUUCCACCUGUGAAAUCAAAGACAAGCUUUAUUGAAGCGGACAAGUACUUCUUGCCGUUCGAAUUGGCAUGCCAGUCUAAGUGCCCCAGGAUUGUUAGUACAUCUCUCGAUUGUUUACAGAAACUUAUAGCAUAUGGGCACUUGACUGGAAAUGCUCCAGACAGUACAGCUCCAGGCAAAAAAUUAAUUGAUAGAAUUAUUGAGACAAUAUGUGGCUGUUUUCAAGGUCCUCAAACAGAUGAAGGGGUUCAGCUACAAAUAAUAAAGGCUUUACUCACUGCAGUAACAUCUCAACACAUAGAAAUUCAUGAAGGAACAGUUCUACAGGCUGUAAGAACAUGUUACAAUAUUUAUCUAGCAAGCAAAAAUCUCAUAAAUCAGACUACAGCCAAGGCCACCCUCACACAAAUGUUGAAUGUUAUAUUUGCACGUAUGGAAAACCAAGCUCUCCAGGAAGCCAAACAGAUGGAAAAGGAAAGACACAGACAGCAGCACCAUCUACAGCAGUCCCCUGUAAGCCAUCAUGAGCCUGAGUCACCUCCGCUGAGACAUCUUCCACCACACACUGAUCAGAUAUCUCAAGAACACGAAGGAGAACUUGAUCACAGCACAAAUGAUGUGGACAAGAGUCUUCAAGAAGAUACAGAGGCAGAAAAUGGAUCUGAUAUUUCCAGUGCAGAAAAUGAGCAGACAGAAGCUGAUCAGGCUACAGCAGCUGAAACUGUGUCAAAACGGGAUCUAGGAACAUAUGAUGGAGAAAAUAAUGAUGAAUGUGAAGAAAAGGCACACGAAAUUGUACAAAGUAUUGUGCAAGAAAUGGUGAACAUAGUUGUUGGAGAUGUAGAAGGGACAGCUGAAAGUGGAAGUGGUGAUGGCACAAUUAUAACUUUAGAGGAUGGCAGUGACAGUGAAAAUAUUCAGGCAAAUGGAAUUCCAGGGACUCCAAUCUCUGUUGCAUAUACACCAUCCUUACCUGAUGACAGGUUAUCUGUCUCUUCCAAUGAUACUCAGGAAUCUGGAAAUUCUUCAGGACCUACCCCUGGUGCUAAGUUUUCCCAUAUUUUACAAAAGGAUGCCUUCCUAGUAUUCAGGUCACUGUGCAAACUCUCUAUGAAGCCACUGUCAGAUGGGCCACCAGAUCCAAAGUCACAUGAGCUGCGAUCGAAGAUUCUUUCAUUGCAGUUGCUUCUGUCCAUUCUGCAGAAUGCAGGACCUGUCUUCAGGACAAAUGAAAUGUUUAUUAAUGCUAUUAAGCAGUAUCUUUGUGUUGCACUGUCAAAAAAUGGAGUCUCAUCUGUUCCAGAAGUUUUUGAGCUUUCACUUUCCAUAUUCCUUACCCUGCUCUCAAACUUUAAAACACAUCUAAAGAUGCAGAUUGAGGUUUUCUUCAAAGAAAUUUUCCUGUAUAUCUUGGAAACAUCUACUAGCUCAUUUGAUCAUAAAUGGAUGGUUAUACAAACGCUGACAAGGAUAUGUGCAGAUGCCCAGAGUGUAGUGGACAUUUACGUAAACUAUGACUGUGAUUUAAAUGCAGCAAACAUAUUUGAAAGACUAGUUAACGACUUGUCAAAAAUUGCUCAAGGAAGAGGCAGCCAAGAACUUGGCAUGACUAAUGUUCAGGAGUUAAGCUUGAGAAAGAAAGGACUAGAAUGUUUAGUAUCUAUCUUGAAAUGUAUGGUGGAAUGGAGCAAGGAUCAGUAUGUAAAUCCCAACUCUCAGACAACUCUUGGUCAAGAAAAGCCCAUAGAACAGGAGAGUAAUGAAACUAAACACCCUGAGACAAUUAACAGAUAUGGUAGCCUAAAUUCCUUGGACUCUACAGCUUCAUCAGGAAUUGGCAGUUAUAGUACGCAGAUGUCUGGCACUGACAACCCAGAGCAAUUUGAGGUUUUAAAACAGCAAAAAGAAAUAAUAGAACAAGGCAUAGAUUUGUUUAAUAAGAAACCAAAGAGAGGAAUACAGUACUUGCAAGAACAAGGAAUGCUUGGCACUACUCCUGAAGAUAUUGCCCAGUUUUUACACCAAGAGGAGAGACUAGACUCAACUCAGGUUGGGGAGUUCCUGGGAGACAACGAUAAAUUUAACAAAGAAGUUAUGUAUGCAUAUGUGGACCAACAUGACUUUUCAGGGAAGGAUUUUGUUUCAGCUCUGCGCAUGUUUUUAGAGGGAUUUCGCCUUCCUGGAGAAGCACAGAAAAUUGAUCGGCUAAUGGAGAAAUUUGCUGCUAGAUACCUAGAGUGUAACCAAGGGCAAACACUCUUUGCUAGCGCAGACACUGCAUAUGUCUUGGCUUAUUCAAUUAUUAUGUUAACAACAGAUCUUCACAGCCCUCAGGUAAAGAAUAAAAUGACUAAGGAGCAAUAUAUCAAAAUGAAUAGGGGUAUCAAUGACAGUAAGGACCUCCCUGAGGAAUAUCUAUCUGCUAUCUAUAAUGAAAUAGCAGGAAAGAAGAUCUCAAUGAAGGAAACAAAGGAAUUGGCAAUACCUACAAAAUCUAGUAAACAAAGUGUGGCUAGUGAAAAGCAGAGAAGACUUUUAUAUAAUUUGGAAAUGGAACAAAUGGCAAAAACAGCAAAAGCCCUUAUGGAGGCAGUAAGCCAUGUUCAAGCACCUUUUACUAGUGCAACACAUUUAGAACACGUGAGACCUAUGUUCAAGUUGGCUUGGACACCAUUCCUAGCUGCGUUCAGUGUGGGUCUGCAAGACUGUGAUGAUACAGAAGUUGCCUCUCUCUGUCUGGAGGGUAUCCGCUGUGCUAUACGGAUUGCAUGCAUUUUCAACAUUCAGCUUGAAAGAGAUGCAUAUGUGCAAGCACUAGCAAGAUUUACCUUACUUACUGUGAGUUCUGGUAUUACUGAAAUGAAACAGAAGAACAUUGAUACAAUAAAAACACUCAUUACUGUGGCUCAUACAGAUGGAAAUUAUUUGGGAAAUUCCUGGCAUGAGAUACUAAAAUGCAUCAGUCAGCUUGAGCUGGCACAGCUGAUUGGAACUGGAGUAAAACCUCGUUACAUCUCUGGAACAGUACGAGGUAGGGAAGGUUCUUUUACUGGAACAAAGGACCAGGCACCUGAUGAAUUUGUUGGCCUUGGUCUAGUUGGUGGGAACGUGGACUGGAAACAAAUAGCAAGCAUACAGGAAUCCAUUGGAGAAACUAGUUCCCAAAGUGUUGUUGUUGCUGUAGACAGAAUAUUUACAGGAUCUACCAGGCUAGAUGGAAAUGCUAUUGUGGAUUUUGUCCGCUGGCUUUGUGCUGUAUCUAUGGAUGAACUGCUGUCUGCUACCCACCCUCGAAUGUUUAGUCUGCAGAAGAUAGUGGAGAUUUCUUACUACAAUAUGGGCCGGAUAAGACUACAAUGGUCAAGAAUCUGGGAAGUCAUUGGAGAUCACUUUAAUAAGGUUGGAUGCAAUCCCAAUGAAGAUGUAGCUAUUUUUGCAGUAGACUCAUUAAGGCAGCUAUCAAUGAAGUUCCUAGAAAAGGGAGAACUUGCUAAUUUCCGGUUUCAAAAGGACUUCUUAAGGCCAUUUGAACACAUAAUGAAGAGGAACAGGUCUCCUACCAUUCGAGACAUGGUUGUACGGUGCAUAGCACAGAUGGUGAAUUCACAGGCUGCCAAUAUUCGCUCAGGCUGGAAGAAUAUUUUUUCUGUGUUUCAUUUGGCUGCAUCAGAUCAGGAUGAAAGUAUAGUAGAACUUGCAUUUCAGACUACAGGACACAUUGUCACAUUUGUAUUUGAAAAGCACUUCCCAGCCACCAUUGAUUCUUUCCAGGAUGCAGUAAAAUGUUUGUCUGAAUUUGCAUGCAAUGCGGCUUUUCCAGACACCAGUAUGGAAGCAAUCCGUCUCAUUCGUCAUUGUGCAAAAUAUGUUUCUGACAGACCUCAGGCUUUUAAAGAAUACACAAGUGAUGAUAUGAAUGUCGCUCCUGAAGAUAGAGUGUGGGUGAGAGGAUGGUUCCCAAUUCUCUUUGAGUUAUCUUGUAUCAUCAAUAGAUGCAAAUUAGAUGUAAGAACCAGGGGAUUAACAGUAAUGUUUGAAAUUAUGAAAACGUACGGCCAUACUUAUGAGAAACACUGGUGGCAGGAUUUGUUUCGGAUAGUCUUCAGGAUAUUUGACAACAUGAAACUGCCAGAGCAGCAAACGGAGAAAGCUGAAUGGAUGACUACUACUUGCAACCAUGCACUUUAUGCAAUAUGUGAUGUAUUUACUCAGUAUCUAGAAGUACUUAGUGAUGUCCUUUUGGAUGAUAUAUUUGCACAGCUGUACUGGUGUGUACAGCAAGACAAUGAACAACUAGCACGAUCUGGUACAAACUGCUUGGAGAAUGUCGUCAUUCUAAAUGGUGAAAAGUUUACCCUAGAAAUCUGGGAUAAAACUUGCAACUGCAUGCUGGAUAUCUUCAAAACCACAAUCCCUCAUGCGUUGUUGACUUGGCGACCCGCAGGUGGAGAGAUUGGCCCUGUAUCUCCGUCUGAUGUGAGAGAAAAACAGAUGGAUACAUUAUCACAGAAGUCUGUAGAUAUCCAUGAUUGUGUCCAGCCAAGAUCUUCAGAUGGACGUCCCAUUCAACCCAAUAUGGGCUCCACAGUGAGUGAAGAGAUGAGCAAAAACAGGCCCACAGCAAAAUUUCCAGAACAGAAAUUGUUUGCUGCUCUAUUGAUCAAAUGCGUCGUACAGCUGGAACUCAUUCAGACUAUCGACAACAUUGUGUUCUUUCCAGCAACCAGCAAAAAGGAAGAUGCAGAGAAUUUAGCAGCAGCCCAAAGGGAUGCAGUAGACUUUGACGUUCACGUGGACACACAAGAUCAAGGAAUGUAUCGUUUUCUAACAUCGCAGCAGCUUUUCAAACUGCUGGACUGUUUGCUAGAAUCACACAGAUUUGCUAAGGCUUUUAAUUCAAACAAUGAGCAAAGAACUGCUCUCUGGAAAGCAGGUUUUAAAGGAAAAUCAAAGCCAAAUCUUCUGAAACAAGAGACAAGUAGCCUUGCAUGUGGUUUGCGCAUUCUUUUCCGUAUGUACAUGGAUGAAAGCCGCAUUAGUGCAUGGGAGGAAGUCCAGCGGAGACUACUCAAUGUCUGCAGUGAAGCUCUGAGUUACUUCCUUACUCUUACAUCAGAAAGUCAUCGGGAAGCCUGGACUAAUCUCCUUCUCUUGUUCUUGACUAAGGUCCUAAAGAUAAGUGAUGAAAGGUUCAGAGCGCACGCCUCAUUCUACUAUCCUCUCUUGUGUGAAAUUAUGCAGUUUGACCUAAUCCCUGAACUUCGAGCUGUUUUGCGAAGGUUUUUCCUGCGAAUUGGUGUAGUUUUCCAGAUAUCCCACCCACCAGAGCAGGAGCCUGGAACAAACAAGCAGUAGCAUACAGAGACUGAAUAUUGCUCUGUUACGUUAUUCUAUUUAUCAGCUAUGUAAAAGGACCAGGUAGCUGAGGCUCCGUCUGGAUAUCCAUAGAACGGUUUUUUGUAUAGCAGCGUAUCUAAGGGUUAAUGGUACAGCUUAUAACUGUAAUUAAGGCUUGCCAACCCUCCAGUCCCUUGCAGUUUUCUGAUGGGUUAUCUCUGUUUCUCUUGCCUGGCUCAUGUUGAGCACUGAGCCAGUUUUUAGCACAGUCCUGUUGUCAGCAUGGGCUACAAUAUCCUUUACUGUCCUAGACAGCAGUAUAGCAACUGAUGUUUAUGCUGGGGGUGAAAGUAAAAAUACCCAAAGAACUAUGUAAAGGUUUGAACUUCUGCAAGAAGUACAACUCAGGAGAGCUGUAUUUUGAAGGAUAAAAUGUUUAUAGUGAAAAAGAAUGGAAAUUAUUGUUGAUGGUAAAAGACAUUUAGCAACUAUGUCUGAUAUUCUUAUUCUGAAGAUUUUUUGCACACUCAGGCUGUCUGAGAUACUGGUAAUCAUCCUCCUGUGAAAAUGUACAGAGAUGCAGGUCUGUAAUAUACUCCUGAACACUAUACAGUUCUUCCUGCAUUGUUUUGUUUGGUUUCUGUAUAAUUGAUUUGCUGAUGAACCAUAACAUUUUGUUUUUCAAAUGCACUAGAAGUUUGGGUUUAUUUUUUGAGUUGUGACUUUUGUUUUUGUUGUAGCCCAAAAGUUAGUGUUGCUGACUUUUGUCAAGAACAGAGGUAGAAAACAUCACAACUGACAUAACUACUUGUAAUAUACUUGUUUUAGGGCUUUUAAAUAUCAUGAGCCUUUGAAAUGAUGAUCCUUCAAGGACUGGAACUUGAAUCACUGCAAACAAGUCUAGGUUGUGUCUGCUGUCACACACGUUUUUGUUUGAUGUAGAUUUCACUCUAUGUACAGAAUUUAAUGUUGAAUAUAUUCAAGUAACAAAUCUGGCAUGAUUUGGGGAUGGUUAAAUUUAUUGGAAAUGUAUUCAUACUGUGAAUUGUGCUCUGAUGGUUAAAAGACAAGAUUGUCAAGCAUUCUGUAUUACAAUGGAUGUAGAAAAUUUUUUCAGAUGGAUAAAAUGUAUAUGGUACAGAUAUGUAAAGUUUUCUAUGUAAAAAUUCUGUACAACUUUCUGUACAAUAUUGGUUCUCAUCUGGCAUAUUCUAAUCAGGUUAUAGGUCAAUAAAGUUUUUGAAUUCUUUCA